CUCACGAUGUCUUGAAUAUUGCAUUGACAAUAUGAAUAAAUUGGACAUUUAUGCAGAUGCUGUGGCAUGGUUAGAAGGAGCUGUUUGUGAAAGUCAGAAAAUGGGACAUGUUAAUCUUGAUUCAUUAAUAAGUGAUUGUAAGAACACAUCGCAGUGCAUUCAGAUGCUUUUACCAAUGGAGGAAGACUCACUUAUACUGAAUGCCCUUGAGGAAAUUUCUAUAUCACUGGAAAGUUAUCUUGAGACACUUCACAAGAAAAAGAGGCAGCUUGACUAUGGAUACACUUCAGACUCAGAAAUGAAUCCAGUGAAAAGUGAAAAUAGUGAUUGUAGAAGGAGAAAAGUUGCAAUUCAAGACACAAUUGUUUCUCAUGGUCUUAUUAAAUUCAGUGAUGUUAUUGGCCUUAACGAUGCCAAGCAAGCAUUGAAAGAAGCUAUUGUUACACCACUACAAUUUCCGCACUUUUUUACAGGAGGUCGGCAGCCAUGGCGGCGAAUACUGCUGUAUGGACCACCAGGAACAGGAAAAACAAGACUAGCGCAGGCUGUGGCUUCAGAGAUCAAUUCUGUAUUUUAUAGUGUGUCCAGUUCUGAUCUUGUAUCCAGUUGGGUCGGAGAGAGUGAAAAGCUUAUCAAGGAGCUAUUCCAAAAUGCAAGGAGCCAACAAGUUCAAUCAGUCAUUUUUAUAGACGAAAUUGAUAGUAUCUGUAGAAAAAGAAGUUCGCGGGAAGAAGAGUACACUCGGAGAAUUAAGACUGAGUUAUUAAAACAGAUGGAAGAGGCUGAUAUCCCGGCGUCAAUAAAUCACUUCUUCUUGCUAUGUGCGACCAAUUGUCCUUGGGAACUAGACCCCGCCUUCCUUAGAAGAUUUCAGAGAAGAAUAUACAUUUCAUUACCAGAUAAAGAUGCACGUAUCGCGCUAAUGAAGAUACACUUGGGAGCCACUCCUUCAUCGCUCACUGCGGAGGAUUGGUACCUACUUGGUGACAGGACUGGGGGCUUCUCGGGCAGUGAUUUGUCAAACUGCACCUCGGAUGCCAUGUUUGAGCCAUUACGUGAUCUUGAAAACACCACUCGCUGGAAGAUGAACAAAGAUCUGUUUUACGUACCGUGCUCUGAACUCGAAGACGGCGUCAUACAUUCAUCCAUGAGGGAUCUUCCUUCUCAAAAAAUUCAACCUCGUCAUGUGAGACUUGAUGAUUUCUUGAAAGUUUUAUCGCACAAUACAAGCACAGUAGCCGAAGAAGACCUGGAAAAAUUUGAACAGUUUACCAUAAAUCUUGGACAGAGGGGUUAAACCCGCUAGUUGACCGCGUUACAGGAAAAUCUUAAACUAGUACUGCAAUGAACAAAGUGUGUAACUAAAUCUAACGCCCAGUUAACGUCAGUUUUCGAAUGAACAUCGA